GGCUGUAACUACGUGUAAAGGAAUGCUGUUUAGCUAGGAAAACAUUACAUAUUUGUUACUUUCAUGGAUGGACAUAAUGAAUGCAUAAUGCUCCUGUUGUAAACUUCACCGACUAGUAUUACUUCAAAGUGGUGCUAUUCAGAUCACCAUGUCUUCACCUCUACGGAAAUCAGCCUUUAGGGCUCCACCCAGCAGAUCCAAUGGUGAAAAAAAUUCUCCAGCAACAUCUAUGGAGAGGGCACCAAAGGCAAGUGCUUCCAGUGUUAGUGGGACAGCUAAGAAAAUUACAGGAGGUGGAAAAGGAACUAUUCAGACAGAAGUCCUCAAGCGACGCCUUGAGCGAUUGAAACAAAACUCUAACCCUCAGAUUCAAAAUGGUGCUAAGCCCAAAAGUGGAAUGCCAACUGGGGCAUAUACUAGUGGUAGUAACAGCAGGGUUGACUCACCACAGUCUACACCUACACCAGUAAACACUAGUACUCCUCAGUUUGUACGUAGAAUGAGUGAGAAUGACCCAAGAAGGAACUUGAUCAAAAGCGGAAUCUCAACAAAACGAAAGGCUAGUUUUCCACAAUCCUCUCCAAGGUCAUUCAAUAUUGUUCCUUCUCCACUUGCAGCUACAGCUACAAAACCUAAAACAACUUCAAAAAAUCCAAACAGUGAGGCAAAUAGUAGUGUCAGUCAAAAUUCCAUUCGAAGAGGAAACAGUAUUAAACAACAAGCUAACGCUGCUGUGAGCAAGAAGACAAGACCUCAGUCUUCAUCACCCAAAACCAGUAUUGGCUCCUCAAAAAUGGACAAAAGAACUUCAAAGGCAACUCCUCAUGACAGUGACAUAAGUCGGACCUCUACCCCAGAUCGGAUGAUUCGGGUCAUAUCUUGUGAAAGUACUGAUGAAGGACAUAUACCUUCUAUCCGAAAAGGCUCUUCGCUUCCAGGACAGAACCCCUCCCAAAGGGAAGACCUAAGAGGUGGUCCCAGUGGGGAUGGGUUGUCAUUGGAUAGGAAGAACAGUGCAAACACUCUGGAUGGUAUCAGAGGAACCAAAUCUGAUGCAAAACAUUCAUACAUGAGCAAUGGUUAUGAUGAAGACAGCACAAAUGUAGAGCUUGAAUUGAGAAGUUUGAAGUCAGAAAGUGAUAGUAGUGUAGUGAGCGAAAGAACACGUAGGAAGAAGAAUAACAAAAAGAAUGCCAACUCUGAAAAAAGAAAGGACAUUGAGAGUUCUAGCAGUCAGAGCAAGAAAGUCCAUCAAAAGCAACAUCAGCCUGAACAUGAUGAUGAUGGACAGGAUUCUGUAAAACAAGAAUUGGUCUUCCAGCAUUCAAGUCUUGAGGACUUGUCUCCAAGGAAUGACCUGGGUCUUGAGGUAAUUGACCUGGAAACUGGAAGCGAGUUGAAAGUUGAGCAGGACAAAGAUUCAGAAAGAAAGUUGGAGGACAUCGCUGAUGAUGAGAAGAGGUUGAAGUACAACUUUCAUCUGCAAGGAAAGGAUAAAGAACGAAUGUCAAAUGAGAUUGACCUGGAGGUCCAAGAUGAUCAACAAAAGAGAGGAUCAGAGAAUAAAGAUGACUUUAAUGGGCAGAGAAGAAGGUCAAGGACAUUGAAAGAAGCUGACAAUCAAGGAUAUAAUGAUGCUACCAAUGAUGUCCAGAAUGAAGACAAGAGACAGCAGGGUGAAGGUUCAGUGGUCAAAGGUCAGAGUUCAAGAUUGAGAAGUGGAUCCAGGUCAAAGUCACAAGACACAGAUGACGAAGCAGAUAAACUCAUGAGAAGCAUCGAUGGAAGGGAGGACACAUCCCCUCAAAACAAGCAUGGGUCUCCAUCACCACGAAGAGACGAGCAAUCCAUAGAUAAAAGACAGAUGAUUAGAAAGAGGAACUCGGAGCUUGCUGUCAUGGCCAAGAGGCUGGAGGAAAAGGCCAAAGAGAUGAAGAAUAGACCGACAACACAGUGGAAGAGGUCAUCAGGUACAGACAAUGGCCCAAUAGUAUCAAAAUCAGCUACGGUAAUCUCUCCUACCUCUAUCACCACUGCUACCACUAACACCACCAAUGCUAUCACGACUGGCUUCCAAGAGUCGCUGCGCCCAGCAACCUCCACCGGCAUGGUUCCAGAUGUGGAACAGAUGAAGAGGAUGAUGGUGAAGCAGAAGGCCAGAGAGAUGGCAGUGAGUGCCCAGAGGGCGCUAGUCAGGGACCGGGAGGUGGAGAACCUGAAGCAGGAGCUAGAAGCCAUCAAGAAGACGUUAGAGAUCAGCAGGGAGGAUAGGCUCAUUGAGGUAAGGCUCCUGCAAUACGCGGUGGAUUGGUUUCAUAAUGGAGGAAUUUGAUAAAGUGAUUGGUGGGGGUAAAGGCAGUGACUGUGAUGGUUGGGGAAACAGAACAGCCCUGUCCAUGAGGACAAAACUGCAUUCAGUAUUUUGAAUCACUUUUAUUUCACUGUGCAAUGGUAUUUAUAUUCAUGAAAAAAUAUUGAUCACUAGGAACAGGGAUAUUAGUAGAGGGAAAGGAGAAAGAUAGAGAGAGAGGGGGGGAUAGUAAGAUUGUUGAAGGGAAAAGUAAGAUCGUGAGGGGGAAGAGUUGGAGAGAGGGAAAAGAGAGAGCACGGGGUGAUAGAAUGAGAUUGAGAGAGAGGAUGAGGAGGGAGAUUCAGGAGAGGGGGAGGCAUAGGGGGUGAUUGUGUUGAUGUUCACGUCAGGCAGCAAAUAUAAGAAAUAUAGAAUAUCGAAUGAGUACUCAGUAGAGCCCAAAUACCAUCCAUCCUUUAUUAACCUGACUUUUCCAGCUCUAGCCACAUGUCCGUGAAUUAUCAUUAUGAUUAUUACCACUGGCUGGUCUUAAAAGCCUGCCGUCCUUGCAGGGAAAACGGUAUCUCCAUCUACCUAGCGAUCAUCCUAUUCUAUUGAUUAAGAAACCCCCAUCUACAAACUAAGCCUUGAAACAGAGAGCCUGUCAAUCAAUUAUGCUAUCCAUUUUGGAAGGAUAUUUUUUUCCUCAGCAUCAUCUGUCUAGACAACAUCUAUAUGCCAUAAGGCAUUAAAUCAUAUUUUUACUCGUAUCCUAAAAGAAAUGCCAUCAGCUCAUGUGUACUUUGAAAUUCAGGGUAACCUGCAUGAGGGAGGGGAUAAGAGAUUAAUGAAUCCACUGCCAGCUUGGAGACUACAAGUUAUAAAACUUAUUAAUAAGGAAUAUCUUUGCAAAUGAUCAAAUCAUCAGAUGAAUUUAUGAUCAUGCAGUUAUGUGUUUUUGAUCAUAAAUAUCAUAUAUAUGUAAGCUGCCAUUUAUAAUUUCUCAUCCUUCUUGACGUAUUGGAAGUGAUGGCUAAAUGUGUUUUCCUGUGUUUAUAAGUAUUCAAAGCAUUAUCAUUUAGCUUUUGAAAAUAAAGACAGGUGAUUAAAUUAUUCCAAAACUGAAUGAAGAAACCAUGUUGCUCUUGAUGACACGUGUUCUGUUUAUUGGUUCUGAAGAGAUGACAUCACAUCUGAAAACCCUUUAUUAUUUUCACCCUUUAAGAAUAUAAGACUUAUCUCCAUUUUGAUGAUAAGGGCUAUGAACAGAUGUCUGAGCUAGAAAUUCCCAGGACUAUGAAUAUUCAGAUUAGUGACAUAACAUAUCUAAGAUAACUAAAGCUUUAAAAAGGUAAAUGUAAUUGGAGAAGAACAAAGUUUAUAUCUAUGGAGGGUUUAAGGGUUUAUGAAUAUCUUUAUGUGUUGUAAAUUAUGUUGACCCUAAUAAACUUUAAUGCUUACUCUUCUUUAAUCUAAUUAUGCCAGGGUAAUUUUAUUUCUGUAAAAAGCCUAGAGACGUCGUUCUGAUGUAUUAAGCACUAUAUAAAAGGUUAUUAUUAUGCUGAAAAAAAUUCUGUUAGAUUUAAUUUCAGGUGUUGUCUUGAGAGAAUGAACGCUCAUGGGUUAUACCAAUACAUGUAGGUUGAAAUUGUACAUUGAAAGGGCUUUAGAGUUAAAUGUGCAGGUGAAAAAAAUGAAUAAAAAAGAUGAGGAAAAGGUGUAGGGGAUAGGAGAAGGACAAUGAUGGGAGAUAAAGUGGCUAGCAGAAGGUAAAACAUGAAAGAAAUAGAAGAGGUUGGAAAAGAAGUAUAUACAUGGAGGCACAAUGGCUAGGUUGAAUAAAAUGGUAAAAAAUAGAAAUGUUGUGAAGAAUAAUGGAGAGGGAAUGAAGAAAGGGCAUUAGAGUUGGAUUUUACUUCAUUCAUUACAUUCUUGAUUGUUAUUUCAAGUCCUACUUUGCCAUGAGUAACCUUUGUACGGUAAAAAAAAUAUGUUUGCUUGACUGAUAUGCCAACCUUAUCUUUUAAUACACUUUACUCCAUCUGUCUAAUACCUUAAGCUUUCAAUUUUGCUCUGGGUAUGAUUUCCAAAUAUACAUAGGAUCGUCAUCCUUCACAUUGUUUGACUAGUGUUUAUGGAAUGACUUCAGUAUUACCGUUCAGUGCCUUCGUAUCUUUCAAAAGCAGUAUGUUUUUAACAUUUACUUUGGGGUUAUUAACUACCUAACCGAUGUGCUCCUUUCUUCAUGUUUCUUUUAUGAAAGUAAACCUCAAUUUUUGAUUGGCUCGUCAGGACCGCUUCUUGCUGGACUAAGCCGAACAUGAUGCUGUUAUUGCAUCGUUUUCUGUCGCACCAUUACACUUGGGAAUAGCCGAAGCAACCAACAAACAUGCCACCUUUAAUAUAGGAGUCCAUGUUGCUUUGAAAAUAUCAAGACUUCAUUUCUCAUCACCUUUUUCCAACGUCGGUUCUACUCCUUAUGUGAUGUCAAGUCUCGUUUGAGAGAAAAGUGACGUGAGAUUGAUGUUAUCAAAAGCUAGAUGAGAGCGCAGUGUUAUGUUUGUGAAGCAGAUAUCUUGGUUUAUUUCUCUCAAGGAUAAUAUCUUCAAGUGCAUGUUUCUAUUCUGCUUGGUGUAAUUUAA